CAGUUUCCUCUCUCUCUCUCUCUUAAGUCUUAUUGCUGCUGCUCAACUCCUCCAACCAAAUCACACGGAGAUCCGAGGAGUUUGGGGAACAGAAAACCCUAACUCUUACUCACUCGCCGACUCUCUCAUUUCUCCGAGCUCUCUCUCUCUCUCUCCCUCUCUACUCCGAUUUCAGUUAUGGCUGGCGCUGCACCGGAAGGAUCUCAGUUUGAUGCUCGUCAAUAUGAUGCCAAAAUGAGCGAGCUACUUGGAUCUGAUGGACAAGAUUUCUUCACCUCGUAUGAUGAGGUUCAUGACAGUUUUGAUGCUAUGGGUCUGCAGGAGAACCUUCUUAGGGGUAUCUAUGCAUAUGGUUUUGAAAAGCCCUCUGCAAUUCAGCAAAGGGGAAUUGUUCCCUUCUGCAAGGGACUUGAUGUGAUCCAACAGGCACAGUCUGGAACUGGAAAAACUGCCACUUUCUGCUCUGGAAUUCUGCAGCAGCUUGAUUAUGCCAACCUCGAAUGUCAGGCAUUAGUUCUUGCACCUACCCGAGAACUUGCUCAACAGAUUGAGAAGGUUAUGCGGGCUCUCGGUGACUACCUAGGUGUCAAGGUUCAUGCUUGUGUUGGUGGGACCAGUGUCCGUGAAGAUCAACGUGUUCUCUCCAGUGGAGUACACGUUGUUGUUGGUACACCUGGUCGAGUGUUUGACAUGUUGCGGAGACAGUCCCUCCGUCCAGAUUCCAUUAAGAUGUUUGUGUUAGAUGAAGCUGAUGAAAUGCUCUCAAGAGGUUUCAAGGAUCAGAUCUAUGACAUUUUCCAGCUGCUACCACCCAAAAUUCAGGUGGGUGUAUUUUCUGCCACAAUGCCACCGGAAGCUCUUGAUAUCACCAGGAAGUUUAUGAACAAACCUGUGAGGAUUUUGGUGAAGCGUGAUGAGCUCACUCUUGAGGGUAUUAAGCAGUUCCAUGUCAAUGUUGACAAGGAGGAGUGGAAGCUUGAGACGCUUUGCGAUCUUUAUGAGACCUUGGCAAUCACCCAGAGUGUCAUCUUUGUGAACACCAGGCGCAAAGUCGAUUGGCUGACAGACAAGAUGCGCAGCCGUGAUCACACAGUAUCUGCCACCCACGGUGACAUGGAGCAAAACACUAGGGACAUCAUCAUGAGAGAGUUUAGGUCUGGUUCUUCUCGUGUGCUUAUAACAACUGAUCUACUGGCCCGUGGUAUCGAUGUCCAGCAGGUCUCUCUUGUCAUUAACUAUGACCUUCCAACACAGCCUGAAAACUACCUCCAUCGUAUUGGUCGUAGUGGUAGGUUUGGGAGGAAGGGUGUGGCCAUCAACUUUGUGACCAAGGAUGACGAAAGGAUGUUGUUCGACAUUCAGAAGUUCUACAAUGUUGUAAUUGAGGAGCUGCCGGCUAAUGUUGCUGAUCUUCUGUAAGCAAGGUUUUGGGUUUGUGUGGUAAUUGGCUUUGUAUUUGGAAAGCCAUAUUUAUUUUCCUGCUUGUAGGUGUAAGGGCUGUUAUUUAGCAUGGAUUACUUGAAAAUGGAAUAUGGGUCCUGUUCACUUGAGACGGGAUCGCAUCCCCAUUUCAGGUGUGGAUGAACCACUUAAAAAUUUUGUUUAGUAUUUGGAACGAGUUUGCUUCAUUAACUUAUUUUGGAUUUGCCCUUGUUCUAAGACUUGGUUAUCAGGUAAUAUUAUGUAGAAAUUUUUCGUUUGUUUGAACAUCGGAUGUUGUUUAUC